CGGAUCGUUUUCUCUUUUUUUUUUUUUUUUGCACGCGGUUGUCUGUCCGGACAUUCCCGAAAUUCUCGUUUAAGAAACAAAUUCUUUCUCUCUAGACUUGAAACUUGAGGAGUAAAAACUCUGGCACUUGCACACGCUGGACAUAAAUUUCAGUUCGUUUUUGGCCGUUCUACGUGGGUGUGUUGUUUUGGACAAGUGGACAGAGGAUUUAAAGUGCCGUCACUUGACGAAAUCAAACAAAACUCUCGCGUGUUUCGCCAUUGCAAUCAUUUGCAUCGCCAUUUAGAGAAACAUUCCACAAACGGUUAUUGUGUCAUUUUCUCUUUUCUUUUUUUUCCUUCCCUCGUUUGAGACGGAAAAUUAAAAAAAAAAAAAUCCUGUUAACACGUUCUGGUGAAAUCGCGAAAUGUUUACCAAUGAAACUACAAGUCGCCGACGCGCUCCGUUGCGUCACAACCAACAGCAUCCGGCUCCUGGAAGCCGUGGUGACGAUGGCUGUUGCGUCACCAUUAAGUCGACCACGGCUAAUUUCCCAAUCAACCGUGGCUCCGUCCUUCGCAUCAAACCUAUACCAGACGGUGGACAAAUCUCCUGUUGUGGCUGUUGCGCUAGUCGUCACUGCGACAGCUGGACCGACUGCCGGACAAGCCGAAGCGCUACGGUCAAUAAUCCGCAUACCAAACCAGUCCCUGGCGUAUUUGUUCAUCCGACUACCACCGUCCAAAUUACGAUGCGCUGGUUUCGAAAAGGAACGGAAGACAACUCUCCGCGGUUGAUUAGCUUAUCGCCGCUCCGUCAGCUGGAUUCGACUGCUGCGGCCGACGCUGAGGUCGCUAGCGUCGGUCGAUGGGGAUCCUACCACAGCGCCGCAAUUUAUCCCAGAAGCGGCCAAGUGGACGAAGACACUUCGUCCACUUUGGAUCUCCCGCUGCCUUCGCCUCACAACAUCCAGCACAGGCGUUCCAGGUCAGCCUUGUCGGAUAAUAUGGCCGCCGAUAGGUCCUCUUCUUAUGCUGACCACCAACAUCACCUGCCCUGCACGCUGAAGAGGAAACCCGCCGUCAGGAGACGUAGCGGAGGCAAAGGUUCGUGCGGAUGGCGAUCGUCCAUGUCAUCGGCCUCAGCGUCAUCUAGGUGUCUUUCCAGCGCUACCCUGGCCUUCCCGCCGGCAGUGCCCAAGGUGCCGGCAACUGCGGCUCGUAAUUUCACGACGACCGAAGGGUCAUUCGUCCGUCCGCAGCCGACGCCACGAGUCCGCUACGCCAACCGAAUCCCGCUGCAAUACGACGAAGCCAACGACGAAGAGAACGAGAGCGAAGAAUGGAGAAGAUUGUACGGAAUUUGCUCCACAGAUGGCGGCACUGUCUCGGCGGCUACGGGCCGCCGCUUGUCGCCCAUCCGAGCGUUUGGUCAGAAUCACAGGAGGACGGCCAGCUUGGACAACAUCAUCGACGGAUGUAUGGGCGACGCCUCGACGCCGGUGAUGACAUCUAGCCGUCGGAAUCGCAUGCGGCCGCAGCCGGCCGAUUACCAACCUUCCGUGGCCAUUGAGAAUCGUUCGCGGCCUUCGUGCUGGAGUCCUCAGCGAUUCAUGAGCAUCAAUAAGGAUUCGAUGUCAUCGCCGAAGAGUUCGGUGGAUGAAAAAUUGCUGGCGCUUAAACCUUUGGAUGAUGGAUCAAUCGGAUUAUCGACCAGCUCCGGAAUGUUUAAGACCAAAUUAAAAUCCAUCUCGGACAAGUACCUGAAGAAUCCGGUGGCCGGAAUAGUUACAAACGGCAGAGAUACUUUGACGGGCAGUCUGCUUAAUCGCAUCCGGAAUAGGCAACAUCAUCCGAUGAAAGAUUCUGAGCAGCCUGAAAAAGCCAACCGGAGCAGCUUCCGUAGUUUCUCUUGCAGUACCCUUCCGUCGCUUGACGAUUUCCACCGCAAGAGGUUGAUGGCCGCUUCCAGCUCUGCCGGAGCUUCUGCCAACUUGUCGAACUCUUCCGAAUUGCAGGACGAAUUGGAUUCUCCCGGCAGUCCCGUUGUGUUGCGCGGUGAACUGGGAGACAGCGACAGCGGCAUCGUUCCGGAAUGGUCUGAUUCUAGUUCCAUCUCGGAAUCGUCCUACAUCCGCCACUUCCAGCCGUGCCAGCUGCUUUCUUCCUGGCGGAAACCUCAGCCCAAAGUGCGUCGUUCUUUGUCGCCCAUCUUCCAGUACCGAGCGCUUAACACGACGGUCGAUUCGGUGGAUUCAUCCGCCGUCGCUUCGACAACAAUGCUGUCCACUUCCGGAGCUUAUGAGAACCUCUGGCCGGAUGAGGAAUGCGAACCAACCGUUCCAGAGCAUCAUUCCGUCCUGUCUUCAGCUGAUUCCACCGCAGCUGCUCAUAGAUCUGCGGAAGAAUCUGAUGAAUCGAACCUCGCUCCGGCGCGGACGUCUUCGCCAACACCUCCAGCGGAUGAGGACACAUCUCCCGAUUGCGACGAAGAUCAGCGCGUUAUUCACACGACUCGCAUCCACAUUGAAUAUCCACCUCCGCCGGUACCUGCGUCCGAAUCUUCGAUUCCGACCAAAGCGAGCGAUUCUCCUUCACCGCAUUACCUGACGGCUUCACUGGACAGGAGAGCCGUAGCCAGAGGCAAAUCGUCAUUUGCCAGCAAUCGCGAUACGAGCGGCGGGACGUCGGUCCACCUCAUUAAAAUCGAACGUCAGUCAGACAAUUUGAAAGCCGAGUUGGGCAUUUUUAUUGCCAAAAAGAAGUUGACUCGAGGCAGCAUCGGCUAUUUAGUGGCUCACAUCGUACCUGGAGGGCUAGUCGAUCGGGAUGGUCGACUUCAAUUGGACGAUGAAAUCGUGAACGUGAACGGUCGUCGAUUGCGCAAUUUAUCGAUGGUUCAGGCCAGCGCAGUCCUGCGUUUACCUGUGCCCGUAGUUGAGAUGGUCGUCUGCCGCGGCGGAAGUGAUCCGGUUGCAGAUUUGCGUGCGAAACGCCGUUCCGUUGACGACAUGCUCCAAGAGAACGCGGCCACUAUUAUCCUCGUGAAUGGCGAUUCAAUGCCCGUCGAUUCCCGCCCACAGAUGGAAGAGGAACCUUGCUACGAGAAUGUUAUUUUGCCGCCAGAUGGCGACACCGUCGUUCGCCUUCAGCAUCAACAGCAACAAAAGUUGCCGCCGCAACACCUAGAUGACUCUGGCGUCGAGAUUAGUGAGAGCGGUAGCUGCAGCUCAGGUUCUCACCUGGAAGCGGAUGGAUUGCUGGAUUUGGCACCAUCAUCCGAUGGAAGCAAUGGCGGCAUCGGCGGCUCCUUUCGCUGCCCAGUGUCGCAGGUCAGAAAAACGUUGAACUCGUCGCCGGAUAACGACCCGCCGUCCAAUGGCGACAACGUUAGCGUCUCGACCUCGAGCGCUACGAGCCGCAGCUACAGCGUCAGCGGCGGUGGCGACCUGGCUGUUAGCACAGGCUCGACCCCUGGCGCCAACAACCUGUCGGCCAAAGGGAAAAAAGGCUCCGACUUUUGUACGUUGCCGCGUCGGCCGCGGACGCAAGUCUCGCACUCGUUUUACACAAUCGUCUACGAGAAGGGGCCAGGCAAAAAGAGUCUGGGCUUCACCAUCGUCGGCGGCAUUGAUUCGCCGAAAGGUCCCAUGAGCUUCUUUGUCAAAACAAUCUUCCCUAACGGCCAGGCAGCCGACGACGGCCGACUAAUUGAAGGUGAUGAAAUUCUGGCUAUUAAUGGAACUGGACUCGAAGGAUUGAGACACGCUCAAGCCAUCGGCUUUUUCAAAGCUAUCAAGACGGGCAGUGUGGCGCUACAAGUCUGCCGCCGCCUCAGACGCAGCCAAAUAAAUCCCGAUAAAUCACGGUCGUGCAACGAUUUACUACAGGAGACGGGCGACAAUGACAGCUGAAAACUGGAAACUUUUUUUUCUCUUUUUUUUUCUCUAAAACUAUCUCCAUGAUGUCAAGGACCGUCUCGUCAGUGACUUAUCCUCAUUCGAAAUCACCAGGCAAUUUUUCUACAAACCGUUGGCAUGGAUUCGAAACUUUUUUUUUCCCCCCACUCUCUUCUCGUAUUUUACAAGCCGAUAUGUUACAGGCAACGUCCAUCAUCUCCUUCGUAUGCUCUCACUGUCAUUUGACGACGCGGGGGAUAUUCUAUUUAAUAUCUACCCGACACAACAACAACAACAACAAAAAAAAACAACUUUAAUCUACAAAGUACAUCUUAUCGAUUUCUGCAUAGUAUACAUAUGUAUAUCUCCCCACUUUCCCUCUGUCAGAUAGGAUUUCUCUCUGUACGGCAUCUUCUUCGAAAUUUAUGCCAAGUGUGUAAAUUGUGCGUUUAUUUUUUUCUUUUCCUUUUCGUGAAAGGGGAGGACGUACAUGUCGCACGAUAUUUGAUAUAUAUGUAAGUGUAUCGGCGUUUAGUCAUUGCGUGCAUACGCAAGUUUCUUUUCAUCCGUCGUGAUUUGUUCUGUGUAUCAUAUUCGUGUGUGCGUUUCUUUUGAACGUGUUCCACCUGUGUGUAAAUUGGCUGUCGCGUUAUGUGUAAUGAACUAUUCAAAACAGCAAA